ACACCCAUCAAACAUUUUCAUCUUGAGACUCACAUGCUCUCAACAGUAAACCCUAGAAAGGAAAAACAAAAAGAAACACUAGAGGCCUUAACCAAUAUGGCGUCCAAUACCAGCGUGCUUCUUGGUCCACCAGCGCUUCACUCCGAUAUCGAUCCCAUGGUGGGCUCCGUCCAAUUAGGCGUUGCCAACCUUCAACUCGACGCUGUCAAACCGAUCAUGCCCCAAUUAGGGUUCCCCAAAAACGAGUUCUUCAUGGACUCAAACACUGGCAAUCCUUGCCUGGACUUGUUCUUCUUUGCCUUGCCUUCCACGCCAACUCAUGCCCUUGUUAACUGGCUUGCAAAGGCAUGGUCUUAUGACCCUUUAACCACUUUGAAGCUUGUUUGCAAUCUGAGAGGCGUCCGUGGCACUGGAAAGUCUGAUAAAGAAAGCUUUUAUAAAUCUGCAUUAUGGUUACACAAAAACCAUCCCAAAACCCUGGCAUGCAAUGUCAGGGUUUUUGCAGAGAUCGGAUGCUACAAGGACUUGAUGGAGAUUCUUUAUAGGCUUUUGGAAGGAGAGAAGGUGAGGGAAAUCGCGAAGCAAGAGUGGCAAACCAGGAAGGAAAAGAAAGGCAAAUGGCUGAAUCGAAAGAUGUGUAAAUCCAAGCGUAAGCCACAGUUGCCAAGGGAUGUUACAGUUUCCCAGAAGACAAAGAUUGCAAGCUCGAAUAAGGAGAAUGCGAGGAGUAUAAGGAAGCAGAGAGAGCUGAACAAGGCAAAAAAGGCCUACGAAAGGUAUUGUAGCGAUCCGAUGUAUAAGUUCUUGCAUGAUUGUGUAGCCGAUAUGUUUGCAGAAGAUUUAAAGAAAGAUAUAAAGUUUUUGAAUUCUGGUGAGGUUAGGAAAAUUAGUCUGGCGUCUAAAUGGUGUCCUUCUAUUGAUUCGCCUUAUGAUAAGGCUACUUUAAUAUGUGAAAGUAUUGCUAGGAGGAUGUUUCCAAGGGAAUCUGACCCUGAUUAUCAGGGAAUAGAGGAGGCUCAUUAUGCAUUUAGAGUGAGAGAUAGGUUGAGAAAGCAAUUUCUUGUCCCUUUGCAUAAGGCUCUUGAAUUGCCAGAGUUAUAUAUGAGUUCAAAGCAGUGGGAUGCUCUGCCUUAUAACAGGGUGCCUUCUAUUGCCAUGAAAAAUUACAAGAACCAUUUCUUGUGGCAUGACAACCAAAGAUUUAGUGGGUAUAUUGAGGAUGCGAGGAAAGAAGAUGAAACAAUUGGUGGUGGUGCAUUACUUCCCCAUGAAAUCAUUGCUUCUUUGAAGGAUGCAGGUGAGGUUGCUGAGUUGCAAUGGAGGAGAAUGGUGGAGGAUCUUAAAAAGAAGGGAGAAUUGAAUAACUGCAUUGCUGUAUGUGAUGUCUCUGAUAGCAUGCAUGGGACUCCUAUGGAGGUUUGUGUUGCUCUAGGGCUAUUGAUUUCGGAACUCAGUGAAGAGCCAUGGAAGGGGAAGUCUCGACCCGUGACACUUAAAUUUGGCUCAAAACCAGAGCUUCAUUUGAUCCAAGGGGAUAGCCUUCUAUCAAAGACCCAAUUUUUAAGGAAGAAGGAUAGAGGUGCAAAUGUUGAUUUUGAGAAAGUGUUUGAUAAAAUUUUGCAGGUUGCUAUUGAUGGGGAAGUUGAAGGAGGAUCAGAUGAUAAAGAGAGGAUUUUUGUUUUCAGUGGUAUGGAAUUUGAUGAAGCAUCUAGGCAGAAUUAUGAUCAUCCAAUAAGAAACAUGUCCAAUGACUCAAAUGGACAGUGUUCUGGUUAUUACAAUGGUUCUUUAUAUUGGGAUAGUAGUCUUGAAGAAGAUUAUAUGCUUGAGGAUGUUGAGGAUGACUGGUAUGCUAUGUGUGAGCGUGAGAUAAAGCAGAAGAAGUUGGGAGAGAAACAGCAAAAAUUCACAGCAAAAUCAUGGAAAUCCAUGUAUGGAGGUAUAAAGAAGAAAUUUCAAGAGAAGGUUUUCAACAUGCCCGAAAUUGUGUUUUGGAACCUUAACAACUCUCCUGAUAUGCCAGUGCCUUCCAAUCAGGGUGGAGUGGCACUAGUUUGUGGAUUGUCAAAGAAUUUGGUGGAGUUGUUCUUAGAUAAUUGAGGGAUUAUUAACCCUGUUACUGUGAUGGAACAAGCCAUCUCUGGAGAGCUAUAUCAGAAACUCUUUGUGUAUGAUUGAUUUGUAUCAGAAUGAGUAUGACCAAUGUGUAUCUCCAGUGUAUAUUGAAUGUAUCAAUAACAGUUUCAUCUUCCAAAUUUUCCCUUUCAAUGAUCUGCCUAAAGUUGGUGAUAAGAGGUAUUGUUAUU